UACCUGAUGAACGUUGUAAAUAUAGUAUUGAUAGAACAAAUUGGAUAACUAAUGAAGAUUGUGAAGUUAAGUGUCUAUCAAAAGCGUAUCAUCUGAUUUUCAAAGAUGAUGUAGAUUGGCUUAUAACGUUGGAAAAUGAUGCUGCUUCACUUAAUACUUCUUUAACAAGUACAAACGAGCGUUGCUUAAAUAAACUAAAAAGAAAAAGUCCAAUUUAUGACUUGGAACUAAUAUCGGAUAAUAUGUAUAAUAUAAGGGCCUCUUAUAAAUCCUUAUUAAAAUAUUAUGGAAACGACUUAUGGACACAGAGAGAACGUCAUAUAAAAGAUAUUAAAACCAUUGUUGAAUUCUCACCAUCUGAUUGGUUAUUAUUCUUCAUAAAUCAAAGAAAAAAAAGAAUAGAUUAUAUUAACAAAUUAUUUUUAUCAAUUUCUGAAAAUGAUAAGAAUGAAAAUUUUGUUAAUAUGAUGGAAGAUAUACAUAUUGAAUUAAUAAAUAUUAUUGAUGAUAUUAAGAAAGCAUUGGAGAAACAACAAAGCGAAGAUAAUAUUUUUGAUUGCUUAGAUCUUUUGAUGACAGAAUUAAAUUAUGCUAAGUUAUAUACUGAAAAAUUGAGAGAAAAAAAUAUAAUUAUUAAUCAUAUUUUUAUGAAAUUGAAGGUUGAUAUUAUAAAAAUUUUAGAGAAAAGAAAUUUUAAUAAUGAUGAGAUUGAAAUCAUUAAUCAUUUUUUAGAACAAGAACAAAUUAAUCGUAAUAUAUUUCUUGAGAAUAUUUAAAAUUAAAUAAAAUCUUUAUUUUUUUGUUAUCAUCAUAGUAU